CACUCAUGCAUUGGAAAAGAACAUUUUGGCGCUAAAACCUGUGAUUUUAUUGGUUGUUUUGUGUUUGUUGUGUUAUUAUUGUUGGUCCAAAUCAUGGGCAUUACCGGCUUAAUACCCUUUGUGGGGAAGGCCUCCUCGCAAUUGCAAUUAAAGGAUAUUCGCGGCAGCACUGUGGCCGUGGACACAUAUUGCUGGCUGCACAAGGGAGUCUUUGGCUGUGCGGAGAAGUUGGCCCGCGGCGAGGAAACGGACAUUUAUGUCCAAUACUGCCUGAAGUACGUAAACUUGCUGCUAUCCUACGACAUUAAGCCCAUCCUGGUGUUCGAUGGCCAGCACUUGCCGGCCAAGGCGCUGACCGAGAAGCGGAGGAGGGAUUCCAGGAAGCAGAGCAAGGAAAGGGCGGCGGAACUCCUGCGAUUGGGUCGCAUCGAGGAGGCCCGAUCCCAUAUGCGUCGUUGCGUGGACGUCACCCAUGACAUGGCCCUUCGCCUAAUUCGGGAAUGUCGCAGCAGGAAUGUCGACUGCAUUGUGGCGCCAUACGAGGCGGAUGCCCAAAUGGCCUGGCUGAAUAAGACCGAUGUGGCCCAGUACAUCAUCACCGAGGACUCCGAUCUGACGCUCUUUGGGGCCAAAAAAAUCAUCUUCAAGCUGGACCUCAAUGGCAGCGGUCUCUUGGUAGAGGCGGAAAAACUUCACCUGGCCAUGGGUUGCAAUGAGGAGAAGUAUCACUUCGACAAGUUCCGCCGCAUGUGUAUCCUAUCCGGCUGUGAUUACCUAGACUCACUGCCUGGCAUUGGACUGGCCAAGGCCUGCAAGUUUAUACUCAAAACGGAACAGGACGACAUGCGAAUAGCAUUGAAGAAGAUUCCUAGUUACCUCAAUAUGCGUAAUCUAGAGGUAGAUGACGACUACAUUGAGAACUUCCUCAAAGCAGAGGCCUCCUUCAAGCACAUGUUCAUCUACAAUCCUCUAGAGCGUCGCAUGGAGCGCCUGUGUGCCUUGGAAGAUUAUGAUACCGAUGAGCGCUACUGCAGCAAUGCUGGCACUUUUCUGGAGGAUAGCAAUCAGGCCUUGCAUUUAGCCCUGGGCAACCUGAAUCCCUUCUCGAUGAAGCGUUUGGACUCUUGGACACCGGAGAAGGCGUGGCCAACGCCGAAGAAUGUAAAACGAGCCAAGCACAAGAGCAUUUGGCAAACGAAUUUCCAAAAAGAGAACAUGACGACGCCGAAGAAAGAAAGCUCUUGUGCUCUGUUCUUCAAAAAAGUCGAUUUUGAUGGAAAAACUAUUGACGAGGAAAUCGCGGCUAAUCAGCGAUUGGAAAGCGCAAAACACACGGAGGCCCAGGUGUUUACCAUGUACAGUUUUAAGGCCAAACGGAGAAGGAGUCCGAGCAGGGAAGAAUCGUUGGAUCGAGCGCGCACACCACCUCCGUCGCCAGUUCAAAAGAGUCGCCACAAUCCCUUCGCCAGGGAACGGAGGAGCGGAGUGGAGGAAGCUUCCCAGCGAUCCCCGGUGGUUUGUGAGAAUGCUUCCUUGCUGCGACUGCUCAGUCCCAAGAAGGCAAGUCCUUCGGGCGGAGGAGCUGAUGAAAAGAAGGUUGAUUCCCUCAAAAGAAGCAUUUUCGCUAAGGAGCAAGUGCAGGUGCGCAGUCGCUUUUUUGCCUCACAGGAUGAACAGACAAGGCUUCAAAGCGAGCAGCUGAAAGAGCAACAAGAGCAUGACAAAGACGAGCAGGAGCGGGGUUCAAGCUCGAGCCAUAAAAAAUUAAGACUAGAAAAGAAAGACAUUCCAGAAGAGGAUCAGGAAAGACAACGUUCUAACUCGCUAAGCAGUGAGAGAGAAACAGAUACGGAAACCACUGCCUCUUCCCUCUUGGGAUCACAAGAAAUAUCCAUUCCGUCGUCACUAGAAUUACAAGAAGAUCCAGCCAUAUCUGAACCGCAAACACCAACUAAAGGCAGUACAAAAAUCAGCAUUAAAUCCCUAGAGUCACUAGUGGAUAAACCUCAAGCACACUCCGAUUCCGAUGGAAACAACAAUGAAGCCAUCAUCCUGCUAUCCGACGACAGCUGCAGUUCAGAGCAGACUGCCCCAUCCUUUCCCUCAGCCACCCUGCAACGCCAGAACUCACUGCCAUUUAACAAGCGAAGAAUAGGACUGAGUAAACCCUCCACUGCGAAAAAGGGUACUCCAAAGAAAAAGACGAACGGCAAACUGGGACCCGUGAGUCAAAAUCAAACCAAGCUAAGCAUGUUUGGCUUCCAGAAGAAACCUGUGCUCAAAUAGAUUGCUAUUUCUAGACUGUAACCUUUUUGUUCUGUAGAUUAAUCUAAUUUAUUAAAGAAAAGACCUGAACUGACUACAUCAGUGCUGAAUGCCACGAAUCCAUCAAGAUAACAAUUGUGA